AAAAAAAAAAUACUCAAUCAAACCCAUGGAAACCGCCAUCGGAUCUCAACGGCCCAAAACCCGUCUCAAACAGCACCGCCACCGCCGCCUCCACAGUCCCGGAGGCACUCUCGGCCGCCACCUCGCGCGCCGCGUCGUCCAAGUCGGCGUCUCCGACAUCUUCACCGUCCCCGGAGACUUCAACCUCACCCUCCUCGACACCCUCAUCGCCGAGCCCCUCACCAACGUCGGCUGCUGCAACGAGCUCAACGCCGGCUACGCCGCCGACGGCUACGCCCGCUCGCGCGGCGUCGCGCGUGCGUGCGUCACGUUCACCGUCGGCCUCAGCGUCCUCAACGCCAUCGCCGGCGCCUACAGCGAGAACUCUCCCGUCAUCUUGACCCGCAUCGUACCGGUGGCGCCCAAUUCCAACGACUACGGGACGAAUAGAAUCCUCCAUCAUACAAUUGGGCUCCCUGAUUUCUCUCAGGAGCUGAGGUGUUUUCAGACCGUUACCUGCUUUCAGGCGGUGGUGAAUAAUUUGGAGGAUGCGCAUGAGCAAAUCGACACGGCGAUAUCGACGGCGUUGAAGGAGAGCAAGCCGGUGUAUAUAAGUAUCAGUUGUAAUUUACCGGCGAUCCCGCAUCCGACGUUUUGUCGGGAACCUGUGCCUUUCUUCUUGUCACCCAAGUGACAACUGCAAAGGGUCUGGUAAGCUGCAGUGGAAGCCACAGCCUCCUUCCUUAACAAAGCAGUGAAGCCAGUCCUCGUUGGUGGCCCAAAACUCCGCGUCGCAAAAGCCUGUGAAGCCUUUGUCGAGCUCGCUGAUGCCUGUGGCUAUCCGAUCUCCGUCAUGCCCUCUGCCAAGGGCCUCGUCCCCGAAACCCACCCCCAUUUCAUAGGCACCUACUGGGGUGCUGUUAGCACUGCCUUUUGCGCUGAAAUCGUCGAGUCCGCUGAUGCCUACAUCUUCGCGGGCCCUAUCUUCAACGAUUACAGCUCCGUCGGCUACUCCCUCUUGAUAAAGAAGGAGAAGGCGAUUAUAGUGCAGCCUGAUCGAGUUGUGGUGGCGAAUGGGCCUGCGUUUGGGUGCAUAUUGAUGAAGGAUUUUCUGAGAGAGCUCGCGAAGAGGUUGAAGAAGAACACAACAGCAUAUGAGAACUAUAGGCGGAUAUUUGUGCCUGACGGCCGGCCGCUGGAGGCGGCUCCAAGAGAGCCUCUAAGGGUGAAUGUUCUGUUCAAGCAUAUUCAGGAGAUGAUUUCUGGCGAUAAUGCUGUGAUUGCUGAAACUGGGGAUUCUUGGUUCAACUGUCAGAAGCUGAAAUUGCCUGAAGGAUGUGGAUACGAGUUCCAAAUGCAGUAUGGAUCAAUUGGCUGGUCAGUAGGAGCAACUCUAGGGUACGCUCAGGCUGCUAAAAACAAGCGUGUCAUCGCCUGCAUUGGUGACGGAAGCUUUCAGGUUACAGCGCAAGACAUAUCGACAAUGUUGAGGUGCAAUCAGAACACAAUCAUUUUCCUGAUUAACAACGGAGGAUACACCAUUGAGGUUGAGAUCCAUGACGGCCCCUACAAUGUUAUCAAGAACUGGAAUUACACAGGAUUGGUCGAAGCGAUCCAUAAUGGCGAGGGGAACUGCUGGACGGCAAAGGUUUUCUGCGAGGAGGAGCUCAAGGAGGCGAUAGAGGCUGUGACAGGGACAAAGAAGGAUUGCUUGUGUUUCAUUGAGGUGAUAGUGCACAAGGAUGAUACUAGCAAAGAGCUGUUGGAGUGGGGAUCUAGGGUUUCUGCGGCUAACAGUAGGCCGCCGAAUCCACAGUGACCAGGGUUUUAUUUGUGCAGGAUUUGUGAGUUUUAGAUUUGUUGAGUUAUAGAUGGCGAGAAGUUGGAGGCUUGGGUCUUCUGCGUGAUAUCCAGAUUGUACUUAAAAGAUGUUUUUAUAAAGGUUUGUUUAAUUUGCUGA